ACUUGUUCAUCUUUGUGUUCCCACCCUACUCCAGCACCCGGCACUGAAUCUUACACAUAGCGGGGCUCCAUAGCUAUUUGUUGACUUGAAUGGAGUUGACUUUAUCUUUAUGGCAUGUAGAUAUUCUGACCAAGAUUUCACCCUGGGCAGUAGCAUUUAUGACUAUCCAGAGAUUUGAGGCAUGGGGGAUCGUGAGCACAUCAUGAAAGUUAAAUUUGUUGGUCUAGGCAACUUCACCAUAAUCUAAAUGCAGAUGGUCUCUACACCUGGAUUGCACAGGAGGACAAAACAAGUAAAUUUGUGUUUGGAGGCAGAUAAUGAAACUGUGAGGAGUCUGAAAACAACUCAGUCACCUACCUCAUAACACAGGUGCUGGUCCAAAAAAGGAUAAAUUCAUUGUGGGGCUGCUUGAGCUUUCGAUAUGGCUGAGUCAGUUCUUUCUAAAUUAUUAUUUGAUAGUUAUUAAUAAAUCAAAGCAAACCAUCCACCUACUGUUUUCCCUCCACAGUUAGUAUGUUCACCAAGUUGACGUUUAUGUUCUAAGGUACUUUUUUCCUAAGCUUAAAUUAACUAAGACCGGUUAGAGGAGUGGACAUUUUUUUUCUCCUUUCUUCUGCUUUAUUUCAUUUCCUUAAGGAAUCAUCUUGGUUUUUCACUCUUCCUUUCCUCAGUUUUACGUAGGUGUUGUGUUGGUGGGAAAUGGAAAAGCCUCUUAUUCUGGGAAAGUUUUCAUAUUGUCAUGGAGAAAAAUGCAUGUGCGCGCACGCGUACACACACACACGCUCAUAAACCCACACAAAUGAAAUCCCCUCUUCAGAGGAGCCAGCUACAGGAAAUUGACUUAUGCACAGGAACUUGCUAAUCUCUACUGUCACAUUCGGAUUGUUCCUGCCACCUCAGUCACCACGCACACUAAACCCAACCAUCUUGGGUUGGAUUCUCUACCAGCUCAACUCUUAUAGUUUUGGUUCUUCCAGUGUGAAUCAGCUAUAUCCUUGGGGAGGAAGGAAAAGUUGAUCCCAGAGGAAUUUAUAACAGCGCUUGGGCAGCUUUUGCUUUUACUUACCUGCACUGAACAAAUUAACUUCCGGAGUCAGUCAUUUUGGUGUCAAGAAAUUUCUUUGGCAUUCUACAACAGGUCCAUUAGUUUCUCCUAAAGGGAGAAAUUCCACUGAAAUCAAGCCCAUCAGCCUUCCACACUGACUAUGGGACCCACAACGGCUCUUUUGUGGGUACAUGUGACACGCUGACUGGAGAUGAUCUCUCAUGUCUAUAUAGGGUAUUGCUCUAACAUGGACUGGAGCCCCUCCCCUCCCCUCUCCCAGCUCCAUAUUUAGCCAUCUGCUGAAGGCUACGUGUGUCAUCAAAGUUUAUCAUCUGCCUUUACUGCUAUGGAGUAAUACAGAGGUUUACGUUCUUGUUUUCACCGAGGCAGUUCCCGAAGUGGCUGGGGUCCGUUAGAAACUGAAGCUGCUGUCUGCUGCCUUCUCCACUUCUUGGAGCAGAAGCCAAGAGAGAGCUGUUUGAAGACGCCACAUUCACACAUCAGUUGAAGACUAGCCGUUGAAGGUUUUCAACGUAGAUUGUGUCUCCCUCGGAUGGACGAGGAGAAUUGCUGUCAGGGGUCCUGAGAAACCCCAUCUGGUUUUCAUUCCUUGUGUUGAAUGGCAUUUGCUUCAGCCGCCCACUGAGGGCCCUUUUACUUGGGAUUCUGAACUUGUAACCCAGAAUCCAGGCUGGGAAGAUGCUGAGUUCCAUCAAGUGUGUGUUGGUGGGAGAUUCUGCUGUGGGGAAAACUUCUCUGCUGGUGCGCUUCACUUCAGAGACCUUCCCGGAGGCCUACAAGCCCACGGUGUAUGAGAACACAGGUGUGGACGUCUUCAUGGAUGGCAUCCAGAUAAGCCUGGGCCUUUGGGACACAGCGGGCAACGAUGCCUUCAGAAGCAUCCGUCCCCUGUCCUACCAGCAGGCAGACGUGGUGCUGAUGUGCUAUUCUGUAGCCAACCAUACCUCUUUCCUGAACCUGAAGAACAAGUGGAUUGGUGAAAUCAGGAGCAACUUGCCCUGCACACCUGUGCUGGUGGUGGCUACUCAGACUGACCAGCGCGAGAUGGGGCCCCACAGGGCCUCCUGCGUCAAUGCCAUAGAAGGAAAGAAACUGGCCCAGGAAGUGAGAGCAAAGGGCUAUCUAGAGUGCUCAGCCCUUAGCAACCGAGGGGUUCAGCAGGUAUUUGAGUGUGCCGUCCGAACUGCUGUCAACCAAGCCAGGAGACGCAACAGAAGGAGGUUCUUCUCCAUUAAUGAGUGCAAGAUUUUCUAACUUCCCGGAGACUUCGCCCACACUCAUUUACUCACCCCAAAGACUAAAGGGACAGGGAGAGCAGACAAGCCGGCCAGGACUGAUGCUCUUUCUAGAUACAUACUGCACAGCACUUCCUUCCGGAUACAGUUGUUGAUGAGACUUGGCCACUGGCUGUUUUUAUGAAAUACACUCUAGAAAUGGACCGCUUGCCCAGUCCAAAUAGAAGGUCCUAUAAUGAAGACUCUAUCUUCGAUUAAAAAGCCAAAAUAGCCUCCAUAAUUUUGGACAAUGAAGUGAGUUUUUCAAAGAAUUCCAUAUUUAAAGACACAUUCUAUUUAAAUAAUAGUAAAAUGUAUAUCUCUUGUAUAUAAUUAGUUUUUACAUUUGGAAAGUCUUUCUCUACGUGCUCCCACACACAAUUGUAACCCUAUGGGGCUCUGCCAAAGGUCUGUAGUGUUUUCACCUGAAGUAGUAAUUUUGUUAACACCACUUGCCUGCUGGAUGUUACCAGGUAAUCAAAUUUUGAAGUGACCAUAGCCUUAUCCUUGCGAUUAAUUUUCCAUCCACCUGUUACUCAGCGUUGUGUAUAAAAUACAGUUCAAUAACAAGAUUCUUCAAUGCUGUCUAAUUAAAAAUUAACAUAUGAAGUA